AGUAUGCACGUGGUGAAGUUCAUACUAUACAUUCAUAGAAAACAAUGCGCGCUUGCGUUCUAACAAUAUCGUAUUGAAAGUUUCUACAUUGUCGACCAGUCGACAGUGAACACUGGAGCUGUCACUAUGGUUGAUCGAUCAUAUAAUAACAGUCGGUCAAAAAAUAUUCAUUACGAGAACGACAUACAUUACACUUUACAGAUGUGUCAAUGGUUAUUGAAACCUAUCGGAGUGUGGCCUUUCGUUUACGAUCGAACUAGCAGACUUGAGCAGCUUAUUUCCAUCAUUCUAAUGGCUAUGUGCUUCUCCAGUUUAUUAUUCAUCAUUCUACCGUCCGGCCAUCAUAUUUUUUUCGUAGAAAAAGAUAUGCACCUCAAGGUAAAAUUGCUCGGUCCAGUUGGAUUCUGUUUAUCAUCCACAAUUAAAUAUUGCUAUCUUGGCAUGAAAGGUGUAUUUUUUGAACAAUGUAUCAAACAUGUUGAAAAAGAUUGGAAAAUGGUACAAGAUCCAAGUUAUCGAAUAAUCAUGUUAAAAUAUGCCACUAUCAGCAGAAAACUCAUAAUUAUGUGUGCCGUUUUUUUAUAUACUGGUGGAAUGUCAUAUCAUACUGUAAUGCAAUUUUUGUCAAAAGAGAAAGUUAAUAAUAAUUACACAUUUAAACCAUUGACUUAUCUAGGCUACGAUCCAUUUUUCGAUACUCAAUCUAGUCCUACGUAUGAAAUCAUAUUUUGCAUGCAUUGCUUCGCCGCCAUGAUCAUGUAUAGCGUCACAACGGUUGCAUAUAGUUUAGCGGCGAUUUUUGUCACUCAUAUUUGUGGACAAAUUCAAAUACAAACAACAAGAUUACAGAAUUUAGUAGAAAACAAGGACAAAAAGAAUAACUGUGAUCCUUUUGCUCUUAUUGUUCAUGAUCAUGUAGAAAUUUUAAGAUUUUCAAAAAAUGUAGAAGAAGCUUUACGUGAAAUAUGUUUGGCAGAAAUUGUUGAAUCUACAAUAAUUAUGUGUUUGCUUGAAUAUUAUUGCAUGACAGAAUGGCAAAAUAACGAUGCAAUUGCAAUAUUAACCUAUUUUACUUUGUUAAUUUCUUUUACAUUUAACAUAUUUAUAUUUUGUUAUAUAGGCGAAAUUCUCUCUGAACAGUGUAGCCAAAUUGGUAUAAUUUCUUAUGAAAUUAAUUGGUACAAAUUGCCUGCUAAAAAAGCUCAUGAUCUUAUUCUAUUAAUUUCCAUAUCGCAAUAUCCUCCAAAACUUACAGCUGGAAAAAUAAUUGAUUUAUCUUUCAACACAUUUAGCUCUGUGGUAAAAACAUCGGUAAUUUAUUUGAAUUUACUUCGAACAUCUGCCGAUCAGUCGACAAUAAGCACUUCAGCUGUCACUAUGUAUGAUCGAUCACACGACAAUAUUAACGGUCAGUUAAAAAAUAGUCAUUACAAAAGUGAUAUACAUUACACAUUACAAAUGUGUCAAUGGUUGUUGAAACCGAUCGGAGUGUGGCCUCUCAUUUACAAUCGAACGAGCAGAUUCGAGCAAUUGAUUUCUAUUAUUCUAAUGGGCACGUGCUUCUCUAGCCUGUUAUUCAUCAUCUUACCAUCUGGUCAUCAUAUCCUUUUCGUAGAAAAAAAUUUGCACAUGAAAGUGAAAGCAUUCGGUCCAGCUGGAUUUUGUUUAUCAUCCACAAUUAAAUAUUGCUAUCUUGGCCUAAAAGGAUCCUCAUUUGAAAGGUGCAUCGAACAUAUGAGAAAAGACUGGAUGAUGGUGCAAGAUCCAAAUCAUCGAACGAUCAUGCUAAAAUAUGCAACGAUUAGCAGGAAACUUAUCACCAUGUGUGCCGUCUUUUUAUAUACAGGAGGAAUGUCAUAUCAUACGAUAAUGCAAUUUUUGUCGAAAGGAAAGAAUAAAGACAAUUAUACGAUCAGACCAUUACCUUAUAUUGGCUACGAUCCAUUUUUCGAUACACAAUCUAGUCCUACAUACGAAAUUGUGUAUUGUAUACAUUGCUUCACAGCGAUGAUCAUGUAUAGUGUCUCAACAGUUGCAUAUAGUUUAGCAACGAUUUUUGUUACACAUAUAUGCGGACAAAUUCAAGUACAAAUAGCAAGAUUACAAGAUUUAGUCGAGAGUAAGGAAAAGAGAAAAUAUGAAGAUUGUGAUCCUUUUGCUCUUAUUGUGCACGACCAUGUAGAAGUAUUAAGAUUUUCAAACAAUAUAGAGGAAGCUUUACGAGAGAUAUGCUUUACAGAAAUUAUAGAGUGUACGAUAGAUAUGUGUAUGCUUGAAUAUUAUUGCAUAAUGGAAUGGUCAGUAGGCGAUACAAUUACGCUUUUAACUUUUUUUACCUUACUGAUUUCUUUCACAUUUAAUAUAUUUAUAUUCUGCUAUAUAGGUGAAAUUCUGACUGAACAGUGUAGUCAAAUUGGUACAGUUUCCUAUGAAAUCGAUUGGUAUAAAUUAUCGCCUAAGGAAGCUUAUGAUCUUAUUUUACUAAUCUCUAUAUCACAGCAUCCACCAAAAUUAACAGCGGGAAAAAUAAUCGAAUUGUCUUUGAAUACAUUUAGUACUGUAGCAAAAACAUCGGUAGUUUAUUUGAAUUUGCUUCGAACAGUUACAAACUGGUAAUAAAACUUAUAGUUUUUACUUUUUACUAAUAUCAUCAAAAACAUUAUUUUAUUAUUAAACAAAUAUU